AUGUGGUUGAGGUCGACACUGUCUUCUGCUAAAUUUCGUGAUGUAAGCUCUUAUCGACGUUUACAUUCUUACAACAUAACAGUAGUUAUUUUGGACAGUAUAUUUGCAUUCAUCCGAAUAAUAAUUUUCUACUCCGGCUACCGAGAUGAUAAUGGCAAGAACAAGAGCGUGGGAGACAAUAGUACAGCGUUAAUUGGAUAUAUAAUCGAUAUGAUUGGAUCAGCUAUUGCAUUGGUGAUGCUGUUCUUUAUUUCGGCAUCAUGCGCUUAUAUUCUGUGCGUGGUAUGUUGCUACGAUUCGAAAAAAGAGAAAAAGCAACAAGACGAAUUACUAGAAUGCAUCGGACAAAUGUGCCAUAGUCCUGCUGUGCAACGUUUCGUUACAUUGAAUUGUAAUUGUCCGUGUUAUGUCACUCGACCAAAGCAUCGUUUUGUGAUUCGGAUGGUUCUUCUGUUUCUCUGCUUGGUCUGUCGAUUUACAGCAUUUAUUAUCUAUCUAGCGGCAGGAAUUAAGUCGGCAGGAAACUCAUUGGCAGGAUUGUGUGGUGCAUCGUGGCUAUUCUUGCUUUUGGCAAUUCUUCUUCAAGUACUGCAUUAUCGAAUAUGGUGGCAUUAUUUACCGUCAUACGAAUUGGAAAACAAAAGUACUGAACCGCUAUCAAAAAAGCACAGACGUUACAUUCCUCACCACCUUCUCGGCAAUAAUCGAACAAUGAAACUCGGCGAUCAACCAUGUGAUAACGGGCAGGAGUGCACUGUUAGGAGUAUGGAACAUGUACUAAUCUUUCAUCGUGAUGCACAUACACCUCAACUUCGCUGGUCAGAAGUGCGCAAACGAGAGAUACAUACGCGCGAACACGGCCGCUACAUUGGUUUUCACCAAACAAGUGUCCAAGCUGCAGCAAGCAUUGCCCACAGUGACUUUCGAAUUAGCAACAAGCCGCCGCAAAUGCUCGGCUUCGGUAUAUAUUUCGCUCGAUCACAAGCAUCUACUUUAGGCAAAGCGAGACACGGAGGUGCUAUUAUAUGUGCAGAGAUUCGGAUGGGUAAAGUAUUACAAGUAACGAAGAAUGAACUAGAUAAAGUACGGAAUACAGAUUCGUGGUGGGACGAGUAUGAUACGGUUUAUUACAAUCAUGUCGAUGAGAUCCGUGACGAAUUCUGUAUCAAAAGUCCGGAGCAAAUCCUGCGUUGGGUCAUUGUUGUUGAUGCAGAACAUGAUACAUUAGUAAAUGAAUACAAACUUCCUGAAGAAUUCAAUGACGUUGCAUGCGGAUGUGUGUGA